GCGACCUACCGGUAUCCAACAGAGCCUUGUGUUUCAAGGCAUGGCUUGAGGAAGAAUCGGAUCUUUCUCGGCAAAGUCUGUUGAAUUCGCACCUCUCGUCGUGCCAUGGCUCGUCCUCGUCAUUAUUGAUCGCAUCAUUGGCUACCGGUACCGGUAGUAUCAUACGGUACAUCCCCGUGCCUGCGUUUCUAGGUACCGGUAGUGCGAACUGUAGCAAUAUCGCAAGGUGCCAUACCGGUACUCCCUUCGAGGAGCGACACCCAUUGGGUGCUUUUAGGACAGUCUCUCAUGCAUGCAAACCGAUGCUUCAGAUACCCGCUGGUAGCUAUGAUAGCUAGCGCAGAAUGCAGGCCUCUCGGCUUCAUCCAGUGAAUAAAAAAAAUCGAAUGAUGAUUCAAUCAUCAUUCAGCGAUGUACUACCAGGUAGUACCGGUAGCCCCCAUGGCCUCUCUUCUUGAUAGGUCCAAGGCGGAACCCGCUAUGAACCAUGGUGCGACAGCAUCCCAGCAACUUUCUUUCGAAUGCGCCAUCCUUUUGCUGGCAGCUCCUGGCACAAGUUGCUGAGACAUCAGCCUUCAAAGAGUUAAUGCCUUGAAAUGGCCAUUAAAUUGUACUUUUUCAUAGAAGCCUAACGAAUUAAGUAAUUUCAGUAAGCUUCCUUCAAGUCACAGGCAUUAGAAACCGAAGGCAGAGAAAAAGUAAGAGACGGUGAAUUUCCCUUCCUGUGUUGAACGCUGGAGACAUCGAGACAUCCACAUCGAUGCAACCACCAAAAACCAAAAACCAACAAACGAUCGAAGAAAGUGGCACUUGCUAGAGCUGAAGAGUGGGUCAACAUACUACAGCACACCCUCGAACUGUAAUAUCCCUCUGAACAAAGACGACGAUUUCGGCUCCUCAGUGCCCCAGCAAGAUCAGCAGCAACGUAUGAGGUGUUGACGACUUCAUUUCCAUCUUUUCUCCUUCCUUCCAACGCUUGAUUGCGAUUUUCCGUCUGGUGUGCCAUCCCUUCGCUUUGGUCUUUUUGAUUGAUAGAGUGAUUGACUUUCUCAACUUGGUUGGACUGGGGAUUUGAUUGAGAUUCGAUUCGUUUGCGCAGCAAUCCAUCUGCCUGGCUGGCUGUUGGUGUGGAGACAAUUGAUUGCAUUGGUUGUUAGUUCCACAAUUAUUGAUUUCUGUGACUGACUCCUAGACUGUGAUUGAUUGGAUCAAUUGACAAGCAAUGAAUAUGGCUUCUUCUUCUACUUCUCGACGAAAUGGUCUCAAUAACAACAAUAACAAUGGCAGCGCUGCCAAUGGCGACAUACAAAUGGAUUACGGUCCCAACGACACGGCGCCGUCGAAACGAGGCAGCAUGAACGGGUCAUCGGCCAAUCAAUUGGCCAAACCAGCGGCCAUCUCCCGUAGUGGGGGACUGGGACGUCGAUCAUCCCUUGGGCUGGAAGAUAGCAUCGGCGGUGGUGGCGUGCCCAAUCCCUAUGGUUACACACACGAAGCGAGACCCUCUCGAGCCGUGCAACGACAACAACAACGAGCUGCUGCCGCGGCAGCGGCUGCCAACAACAACACUAGUGGAAAUGGAAAAGACCUCAAACUCAAUCCAGCAGGUGCUCGUGCCUCUCGACGCGAUUCGGGAAUGCCAGGACGAGGAAACACGGCGUCGCUUCUGCCACCAGGAUCACGAGAGAUUGCGGGACGAGGUCGUGGUGGUGUGAUUGGAAUUGUCCGGCAAUCUUCCGGGAGAGGUAGUCUCGAAAAAAUGGCUCUGGCGGCCGGCGCCGGAAGAGGUGGUGGACGUGGUGGUGGAUCAGGAGGGCGAGGAGGAGGCGCAAGACAACAGCAACAACAUCAACAACAAUCUCAAAAGGAGCGACAAAAACGACUCAUGCAAGAAGCCACAGCGGCUUCCAGUCGACAGUCACUCCUGUCACAGGAUUCGGCUCUCUACUCUGCAUCCUCAGCGGGCGGAGCCGAUUUUUCGUACAACUCACUCUUCUACGAAGAUGAAACAGAUGGAGAAGAAACAUUGGGCGAUGACUCCCGAUUUGGGGAUGAUGACCUAUCGGGAGGAGACGAAUCCCUUCGACUCAUGAAUGUCAUGGAUGAAACACAGGAAAUUCGGCAGACGAGCAGCGACGCCAAAAAGGAUGCACUCGUAGAAAGUCUCGUAUGGUUCUCACAUCACACACCCCGGACUGUACUGGAAGAUUUGGUCUCGCACGAAAUCGAAAUCUGGCAAGCCGAACGAGGAGUCGACAUGACCAUCAUGGAGGAGUCCUGUGAAUCACUGGAAGAAUCCAACAGCAAGGGAAACUCGUUCAAUCAAUCACUCACGGGCUCCAGUCAUCACUCCAGCAGUAACCCCUACCAUCGCAAUAAUAGCAAGACCAAUUCUAACAAUCGCAGAGCAUCCAGCAACACCAACAACAAGAAGAAGUCAUUGUUGGGAUCUAUUCGAGAUGAUGAGUCAGAGUCAUUCAUGGGGUCCUCGCGCAUGGGAGAAUCUGCCGUCAGUGACUUGUCCGAUGAAGGCAUGGAGUUCUACGAUGGAAACUUUUCCGAAUCCAUACUCAAGCUACAAGCGGGACAAUCCAACACCGACGUCAUGAUCAAACUCCCAAAAGUCGUCGAACGUGAGGGGGCCGUCGUAUUUGCCGAUAUCUCGGGGUUCACCAAAUUGUCCACCAUGCUCGAUUGCGAAUCGCUUUCCAAAGUCAUCAACUCUUACUUUGAUAUGAUUGUCAAUGAAGUCGUCUCACACGGAGGGGAUAUUCUCAAGUUUGCCGGAGAUGCCUUCUUUGCCGAAUGGAAAGUCAAUGACUACGACGAUGGAAUGAACAAAGCGGGAGGGGCCAGCAGUGCCUUGUCCAACUUGAAUGCAUCCUUGUCCACAUUGCAGGAUGUCAACAACUACGGGAAAGACGAUAACAUGCCACGGAUAGCAACCUGUGUCUUGGCGGCUGCCAAGUGCGCGGCCGCCAUUGUGGAGAAAUUCAGUGACUUUUCCGUAGGAGCGGCCAUGCCGCACGCCAUGCCCAUGGUCGAUGGAGUCCGACAAGAAGCCAUUCUAAACGUGCAUUGUGGACUCGGAGCUGGAAAGUUUGUGGGUCUCCAUGUGGGGGAUUACAAAGAAGAUCCCGAUGAAGAAGGAGUAGAACUGCGUCGUGAAUUCCUGGUCAUGGGAGACCCGAUUGAUCAAGCAGCGUUGGCUGCCGAUGCCGCGACCGACGGAGAGGUGCUCGCGUCACCCAAAGCUUUGUCAUCUCUGGCAUACUGCUGUCAUGAUUUGCCCCAAGCAAUGAAAGUUGCAACGUCACCAGCUUUGAUUGCCGCGAGAGGCAAGAAAUUCUUUUCGUUGGAAGGGAAUAAAAGCCUGAAUGAUGAAGUCGACAGCGCACUCAACAACGAAAUGUCGCGAUACGAGGCACUGCGAACCCAUUGUCGUGAUUUGAAUCAAUCUGCCUUGGCUCGUCUGCAUUUGCAAAUGGCACUCUAUGUCCACCCGGUCAUUCGAGACGAUGAAUUGGCAUUGUCGGCACAGAUUCGGCAAGGAAAAAUUGCUGCACCACAAUCCACAAUCGAAGACAGGCACCUUGCGGAAGCCGAGUUGAGAUCAGUCUUUACUAUUUUCAUCAAAGCAGUCAUGACCCCCAAAAUUACAGGAGAUGGGGACAUUGACGGCAAACUGUACGCAAAGUUGGGAGACAUCAUGCAUGUCGUUUCCAGAGAGUUGGAUCGGUAUAGUGGGCAUUUGCGUCAAUUCAUUGUGGAUGAUAAAGGUGUGGUACUGAUCGCGACCUUUGGGCUGCGAGGUUCCACGUUUCCAAACAUGGUUGCCAACAACGGACUGCCAGCAACGUUCGCAAUUCACCGCUCCCUCAAGUCCGAGCUCCAAGUCGACAAUCGUGUAGGAGCAACAUUCGGCAAAGUAUAUUGCGGAGUUGUUGGCGGCGUCCGUCGACACGAGUUUGCUGUCAUGGGUGCCGCCGUAAAUCUCGCAGCUCGAUUGAUGGCAGCAAAAAUGAACAAGGGCAUCUUGGUCGACGAACAAGUUCGCGCCCAAGCUGGUUCGCGGUUCGAUUUCAAAAAUUUGCCAUCCAUCAAAGCGAAGGGCUACGACAAUCCUGUGGCCGUUUUCGAACCCGACUUGAUGGCUGCAGCUUCCAAAAAGAAAAAGUCGUCGGUGCCAUUUGUUGGACGUCGUGAAGAGAGAAAUGAAAUCGCAGCCAUUGCGCAAGAGAUCAUCGAAGAGCCGGACCCAACAAGGAGUUCCAUGGUCUUUUUGAUGGGUGAGUGCGGUAUGGGAAAAAGUGCGCUUGGAAUUUCUAUUCUAGAAGAGGUGAAAAAGGCUUGGGCCAAAUCAGGUAGAAAGGUCAUUGCGGCUCGAUCCACGACGACAGAGACAGAGCAGAGAAUCCCUCUUAGUUCGUUCCGCAAGGUCUUCUUGAGCGCCAUUCGCGAUCUUUGUGAACACGAUGGAACUGUCACUGCUAGCGAUGAUACAAAGAGUGUGUCGGGUUCAGGUUCAGAUCUUGGCCACCAUUCUCUUCGUGGCCAGAGCAGGUCAGGUUAUCGCCCUGGUCUUGCUCGUACAGACCGCGGAAAGCCGCUCGAAUCGCUUCUUGGAGACUCCGUUAGCAGGUUUGGUGACGCCUCCAUGCACAACGAUUCUUUUCAUACGGAGGGAGGAAACUCCUUCGAGGUAGACACACUUGGCACCUCAACCCACAGCGGACUUGGUUUGUCGAGCCACAGUGGCCACAGGGCAAAUAGCCUCCUUCCCGCGUCCCUGCAGAGGGCCCAAACUGACGGGCGCGCACCUGGUUUUCUUUCAAAGCCGCAACUAAGUCGCGGUGCAUCGACACAUUCUGGUCUGUUGGGAAAGCCCCAACUAAGUCGCGGCUUGUCUGUACAAUCCGCUGGUAUGGGGAUGCUGGGGUUGGCCAAUAUGGGAAACCCACAAGCACCAUUCAACAAAUCGGGACCUUCGUCGAGGCACAAUCGUGGAUCGCUUGGGGCUUCUCUCCAUGGAUCAGCGAGUCUGGCGAAAUCUCUCCAUGGCGGUGGUCCUGACGGCAACCCAGCUUCGAUGGCGCUGAAGCGUCGCGAAUCCAAUGUACUGGCGACUCAGGCUUCUGGCGGCGCUCUGAACAGGCGACCCUCCCUUAGUCAGUCUCUGCAUGGUGGAGGAAACCCUUCGUCGCUGCACGGUGGCCAAAUGUGGCCAAAGACAGGGCCGAUAGGCCCCGUGGCUGGAACACCUACUAGCAGGAAAAGUCGACGAAGUUCACUCAUGAAACACCAAUCCACACGCAAGACUUUUCGUGCCAAAAGCAAACCUCAGCUGGAGGACAUCGACGGCAACGAGUCAGUCAUGAGCCUUACGGGUGUGCGGCUAGAUGUACCAUACUUUGAGAAACUAUGUCAAAUUUGCGAGGAAAUUGAGUAUCCUCAUGAGUAUGCUGACAUUGUCGGAUCGCAGUUUCUGGGUCUGGAUGGUGCUAGCCCGGUUACUCACGUCGAUGGUCACGUUCCGACAAUCAACGAACUUGUGGAGUUCCUUUCACAGGCAUUCAUAUGCAUUACAAACUAUUCAGAUUUGUCCCUUAUCUUUGUGGACGACUUUCAAUGGGUGGACUCCUUCACUUGGAAGAUUUUCCGAGAGUUGUGUGAACGAGGCAAAAAGAUGCUUUUGAUUUGCGCUAUGCGUUCACACGACAAGCAAGCAUUGCGGCGUCUGUCCACUGCUAUCACUCAAAGUCACAUGCAAUCGCAAAUGAUCGAGAUCUCAUUGGGGCCCUUGGACUUGCUUGAAAUCAGAGAAAUGAUCGCUAAGGUUCUUGGCUACGGGGAAGACGCCGUUGACGAAUCUUUGUGCUCCGACAUUUACCAGAAGACAGGGGGUCUUCCCGUCUAUGUCGCAGAACUCCUUGAGAACAUCAAGCGUAACAAGACGGUGGCCAUUGACGAUGCUGGAAUUCUCCGUUGGACGGCUCAGGCCGAAGAAGAUCAGAAAGGGAUGGCUUCAAAGUACAACAGCGGUGCUGUCAUGGAAGAAACUUUUCUUAGCAGGUUUGAUGCCCUUGAUGUGCGUGUGAGGAAGGUUUUGCAGACUUGCGCUGUGUUGGGGCUCUCCUUCUCGCUAUCGGACGUUGUUCGCGUGCAUCCCGAGCUCGAAGAAAUCGAAAUCGAGCAUGCAUUGGACAACGCCGUUGAGGAGAUUAUUCUGGUGGAACGUUUCGAAGACGAGGAUGAGUCUGUCUCGCUCCAUUCAGGUUCCACGGGCUGUGACUCGGAUUCGAGGAGUGGAAUUCAUGAAAUGGAUGGUCGGGACAGCCGGACUUCUAUGGACAUGGAUGAAAUUGACGAUCGCUUCUUUGAGUUUAGUCAUGCAAUGUGGCGACAAAAGGUGCUCACGACAAUGCUCAAGGAGAGGAAGAUUGAGCUCCAUCGAUUGAUUGCGGAAGCUAUGGAAAAAGAUCAAGUGCAUAUUCUUGAGCAGUGUGAUAUCUCUCGUCUUCUUACUCUUUUCGACCACUGGAAAGCAUGUGGCGAUUUCUGCAAGUCGGCACCUCUGGCCUUGGCUGUCGGAUCGCGGCUGGAAGAAUGGGACCUCGCGAUGCAGAGUUUGGAUCUCUACAGAGACGCUUUGGAGAUGUCGUUCGAGAGCGUUGAGGCUGUUGAUGAAAAUGGCGGUCGUGAUGACGAGUGGGUUCAGGUGUCGGCGCACCCAGAAAUCUUGGAUCUUAUUCUACGUCUUCACAUCAGAAUAGGUCUGUGCCACCAACGUCUCGGUGAUGAAUAUGAGAGUGUGAUGACUUUUGAGGAUGCGUACAAGAUCGUAAAGACGUCGUCCAAGAUUCCUGGAAUGAGCCGAACGCUGAUGAUGCCAAUCAUUUCUACGCUGUGUGCAUUGAAAUUGGAACGAGAAGCAACGGAUAUGCAAACCAGAAAAGAACAGGAGGGCCUGGUGCGUAUCUUUGUCGAAGAAGCCAGAGAAGAUGGUCAUCCCGUGCACAUCAGCCGCGCUUUGGCAAUGGCUGCCAUGUAUUUUGCAAAACAGGGCUACUACGAACGUGCCCUGGCAAUUCACGAGCAGUUACAAAACGUGUACGAUGUUCUCGAACACUCGGGAGCCAUGAUACAGCUUUACGGCUACGAUUACGCUGUCGAAUGCUUUUCGGAGAGCGUGCAGUGGUACUACCUCGUCGGCCGGCAUGAAUCAGCCGAAAGACAAGCAGAAAUCGUUAUCCACGACCACGUCCCGCUGCAGGAUCAAACUGAUAUCGACAAUAUGCUGAGAAUUAUCCUUCCGGUGAUUCAAGUGUUGAAACUCCUCGACCGAGCCAAAGACUCAGAUCUGAUCUUCAAAAAGUUCAUCAUCAACUCGUUUCACGAUCAUUCCCAAGAAUCCGACUUUUGGGUUCCACUCUUCAAUCCCCUCGCGUACUUGCUUGAGGUGAUCAAGAUGGAAGAGGAGGAUAACUUCGAUCAUGAAGUGCUCAAGGAAAUGGAAUCUUGGGUCUUGGAUGACGAGAACAGCGUGUUUCACGUCGAGCUGGAACGCAAGGCUCACACCUGGAUGGGCGAGUUAUGCUGGAGAUUAUCCAAUCUCAGAGAAGACGAUGAUCCAGUGCGCCUCGACCUGUGUGACAAGGCGAGAGAACUGCUGGAACCAAUAGCCUGGUCGCAACAUCAGGAGACGUUCCUCAAGCAGCUCGCCAGCGCCUUGCUUGAUGCGUUAUAAGGUCUGGUCCAGCUAGUUCGGGUUUCACGCGUAAAUCGAAGGGGUUUCAUAGAAGAUUGGGUCAUUGGAUCGUUACGUGUUCACAGACAACACUAAAGAUGAAUAACGACUAUUACCAUAGACUGUUACACUGUUCUCUAGCUGCCCCGAACU